GCCGUCUCACCGCCUGCCAGAGUCGUCGCCAUGCCCAUCCUCCCGCCGGCGUCACCUCGACCGUCCGCAUCUCUCGCCGGGCUGCGCUUGAUCGAGACUCUCGACACACAUGCGAAUUCAUGCGCCAUAAUGUCUGACAACGUCGGCCUGUCCACGCCCCGAGGCAGCGGAACCUCGGGCUACGUCCAGCGCAACCUCGCGCACAUCAGACCCCGCGACCAGGCCGCGCCCUACCCCAAGGACCUCGACAGCCUGCGACACCGACAGCGCCAGCCCGACAAGGGCAUCCUCGAGCACGAUCGCAAGCGUCAGAUCGAGGUCAAGGUGUUUGAGCUGCGGGACAAGCUCGAGGACGACGAGGUCGACGAGGAGGAGAUUGACCGCCGAUGCGACGAGCUGCGACAAAAGCUCAUCGCGGAAGCCGAGGCGGGGAAGAAGAGCGGCGGCCCGAGAAAAACGUUCAAGGAGCACCAAGUCCAUGAGAUGGCCGACGCCAAGAUCAAGGAAAGCGAGCGGCUGCGAAAGGCCCUCAAGAUCAGCUCCGACUACGAGGAGGGCAGUCACUGGAAGAGACAGGAGGAGAGGCUGCGCACAGCUCUCGAUAGGGAACCGGAUGCAAAGGAGUAGGGGUUUUUUCCCUGGAGAGUGAUGAUUGCGCCACCCCAAAUGCGCCCUGAUGGACGACCGUCGCCAAGAUACCCACAGCAACUGCUCGGCCACGGUGCGGAGACUCAGUCAUUGAUUGCAAAGGCCACGGUGCUACAGCACCCGCUCACUACACGGCGAGAUUAGCCCUUGUCUCGUCAAGGAUCCUUCUGGUUCGCCUCGGGUGCACACCGGCUGGGACACGAUCCAGGAAGCCGCUCAAGGAAGGCUUUGAGAACAGACAUUCGUGCGGUAUGUCGCUUCGCGAAGAGCAAUCAGGCGCAGAAAGUCUAUACAAAGAGCCCCGACCGCCUUGUCUUCCAACCUGCAUGAUUGACAUACCGGCUGGCGGUGCUAUCACUGAACAAUGCACUGCGGAUUACGAAUGACAUCUUCGGCCAAGUCGGAUUGUUGACGACUGCCCAGCUCCCUUUGCCAUCACAUCGUGUCAUCUGCCCGCCUUCACGGAUGGAAAUUAUGACUAUAAAUCCACUCAGCAAAUUAUAAAACCAAAGAUCUCGAG